UUCGUUAAUCUAUGCCGUGAAGAGCUUGGUCGGUUCUUCUCCUUCUUCUUCUUCUUCGUUUCUCCCCAUUCGUUCGUCUGUCACUGCGCGUCCUCCAGAUCUCACCAAUCGAGCAACGCCGAUCAGCUCGUCCCGACCGUCGCCUCCAUUGUCUCCGUUGAUAUACAGGGGAAGCAAUCAUGGGGCUUUCAUUCACGAAGCUUUUCAGUCGGCUUUUUGCUAAGAGGGAGAUGCGCAUCUUGAUGGUGGGUCUUGAUGCUGCUGGUAAGACGACGAUCCUGUACAAGCUUAAGCUCGGAGAAAUCGUAACCACGAUCCCAACUAUCGGAUUCAAUGUGGAGACAGUUGAGUAUAAGAACAUUAGUUUCACCGUUUGGGAUGUUGGUGGCCAAGACAAAAUCCGUCCAUUGUGGAGGCAUUACUUCCAGAACACUCAGGGUUUAAUAUUUGUUGUCGACAGCAAUGACAGGGAUCGAGUUGUCGAGGCGAGGGAUGAGUUGCAUAGGAUGCUGAAUGAGGAUGAGCUAAGAGAUGCUGUUCUGCUCGUUUUUGCCAACAAACAAGAUCUUCCCAACGCGAUGAAUGCUGCAGAAAUAACUGACAAACUUGGCCUUCAUUCUCUGCGCCAGCGCCACUGGUACAUCCAGAGCACAUGUGCGACCUCAGGCGACGGUCUGUAUGAAGGUCUGGAUUGGCUUUCCAGCCAUAUUGCCAGCAAGGCUUGAGUCUUUUGAGGAUUUUGCCUAAUCUUGGAUGAUCAAGAAAAUCGCCAGAGCCACGACUAGCUCUCUUAUCACUAAAUAUUGUAACAGCAUAUAUUUUGAUAGAAUUCUUCUAUUCGAUUUCGUUCUUUUCCUUUUCUCUUUUUGCUGUGUGUAAUUUGGUGAUUGCUGCACUAAUCGGAUAAAUGACGAGGUUCUUGGUAACGCGAGAUAAAGACUCCUGUCUUUUUUAUUUUAUUUUUUGAAAUUUCAUAAACCUAAAAAGAUUUAUGGAAUCGGUUACUACUCUUGAAUCGCAUAAAAGAAAUAAAAAUUACUGGGGAUAUUUUGUGA